GAGAGGUUUGGCUUGGGUUGUAAAAAGAGGUGUCAACAGAGAUAUCUAAGGGGAUCACAAGAGUUGUGUUGGAGAGAGAAAUGGGGAGGGCUCCUUGCUGUGACAAGGCAAGUGUGAAGAAAGGACCUUGGUCUCCUGAAGAAGACUCUAAGCUCAAGGACUACAUUGAGAAAUAUGGAACUGGUGGUAAUUGGAUUGCUCUCCCUCACAAAGCUGGUCUGAAAAGAUGUGGGAAGAGCUGUAGAUUGAGAUGGCUAAACUAUCUCAGGCCCAACAUUAAACAUGGUGAAUUCUCUGAGGAGGAAGAUAUGGUUAUCUGCAACCUCUUUGCUACCAUUGGGAGCAGAUGGUCAAUAAUAGCUGCUCAGUUACCAGGCAGGACUGACAAUGAUAUCAAGAACUACUGGAACACCAAGCUUAAGAAGAAGCUCAUGGCUUUGAGUUCUCAGUCACAGAGAAAACCACCACCACUACCAAUCCCAUCUUCUCAUCAAACUAUACCUCCAUCAUACAAAGACUGCUCUUCGUAUUAUUGUACUCCAAGUACUAGAUCUUUUGCAGGCUUUGAGCCCUUAUCAACUGUUCAAUCUGAUCUUUUGAACCAUAACAAUACUUUUUUGGCUACCGAUUCUUCUCUUAAUCACACCACCCCUGACAGUUUUGUGAGUUAUUAUCCGGUAAAAGAAAAGUUUCUGAUGUUUGGGAGUGAACCAAGCUGCAGUUCCUCAGAUGGUAGUAGCCAUGGCAAAGAGAUCAAGCAAGAAGACGUGAGUAAUUUUCAGGGCUUUUGUGCACCCAAUGGGUAUGAAGAUAAUCACAAAUUCAUGUUAAGUUACGGCAACCGAAACCAAUGGGCUGAGAAACCAAGUGGGUACCAUGGAGAAACGCCAUUAGACUAUGAUCUUGAAGAUGUUAAGCGACUGAUAGACUCAAGUAGCAGUAAUAAUAGCUGUAACAACAACAACAACAACCACUUCUUCAUUGAUGAAAGCAAGAGGCAAGAGAAAGUCAUGUAUUAUUACUACUGAGAUGGACUGGGUGCAGGUGUUAAAUCAGAAAGAUUUGAUGGGGUAAGGCCCAAAGGUGGGGGAUGGCGUAGAGUUUCAGUUUCUGGAGCUUUGUGUUCUAAUGAAAUGAAACAUUUCUUCUUUUGACAGUACAUAGUAAAAAGCUUUUUAUUUUCUGCAA